UCAAAAUCGCCGAUAAAAAAAAAUUCUUGUUGUUUUUUCACUCUUGGCAAAUUGAAAAAGAAAAAACAAAAUUGUGUUGUAAUCAAAAUUCAAAUGUGAUGGGAAGUAGCUUCUCCUCCGUCUUACCUUGCUUCAAUCAAUCUCACCGUAACCGUCACUCAUCGCAGAAUCCAACUCACUCUGAUCAGAUCAACUCUCUCUCUGAGCCGUUGGAUGAGACUCUUGGCCACUCUUACUGCUACGUCCCAUCCUCUAACCGCUUCCUCUCUCCCUUCCCUUCCGAUCGAUUCACCUCCCCCACCGGUUCCUUCCGGUUAUCUCCGGGUCGGAUCCGAUCCCACGGAUCAUCCGACCAGCUCCAAACCGGGUUCAGAGCCAUCUCCGGCGCCUCGGUUAGCGCCAACGCCUCGAAUUCCAAAACAGUCUUUCAACUUGAAGAUAAUUACGACGAUGCCACUGUCAACACUUUCGGCGACGGCGUUAGGAGCAGUGUAGUGAACGCUAACGGCUUCGAAGGAACGUCGUCGUUUAGCGCCCUCCCGCUACAGACCGUGCCGUUGAGUGGUCACGUGGAGCGUACAGGUCUCUUCAUGUCUGGGCCCAUCGAGAGAGGCGCCACUUCAGGCCCAUUGGACCUUCCCGGAGAUAUUUCGAGAUCCGAUUCCGCCGUGCAUUUCUCGGCGCCGCUCGGCGGCGGCGGCGGCGUUUUCUCUAAGAAGAGACGGAAGAGGAAGAGGAGUCUCUCACGGCCGUGGGUUCUUCCGGUGUCGAACUUCGUCGGCGGUGCUAAAAGGGAGAACACCGUGAAACCCGGCGGCGGCGUUACUGCGGCGGCUUGCGGCGGAAGCGAGAAUGAGUUACAGUGGGCGUUGGGGAAAGCAGGGGAGGAUAGAGUGCAGUUAGCGGUUUUCGAGAAGCAAGGGUGGUUGUUCGCCGGAAUCUACGACGGUUUUAACGGACCGGACGCACCGGAGUUUCUGAUGGCGAAUCUCUACCGUGCUGUUCAUAGUGAGCUACAGGGCUUAUUCUGGGAACUGGAGGAAGAAGUGGAUGAUGGUAGUAGUGCUAUAGAGUUGGAAGCAAGUUCUAGCUGUCCGGCGACAGAGGUGGUAGAAGAAGUUAAAGUGAGGAAAAAGCUACAUGAGCUUCUUGCAGAGGCACAAGCAGAAGAUGCGUUGGAUCUUUCAGGUUCAGACAGGUUUGCAUUCUCAGUGGAUGAUGCUGCUAUCAGUGGAGGAGGCAAUGCUGUGUCUGUAGGGAGUAAGAGAUGGUUGCUGUUGUCGAAAUUGAAGCAGGGUUUGUCUAAAAAAGGGAUGUCAGGGAGGAAGUUAUUUCCACGGAAGUUUGGUGUGGAGGGUAAUGAAACGGAGGUGGUAGGUAACGUUAGAGUAGAGGAAGCGGUGGAGAAGAGGAAGGAGAGGCGAAAGGCGGGUGCGGUUGAUCAUGAGUUGGUCUUAAAGGCGAUGUCAAAUGGUCUUGAAGCCACAGAGCAAGCUUUUUUAGAAAUGACUGAGAAGGUUUUGGAGACGAACCCUGAGCUUGCGUUGAUGGGUUCUUGCUUAUUGGUUGCGUUGAUGAGAGAUGAUGAUGUGUAUGUGAUGAAUAUAGGGGAUAGUAGGGCUCUUGUUGCGCAGUAUCAGGUUCAAGAAACGGGUGUUAGUGUUGAGACAGGAAGAGUAGAAGAUAGAUGUAAUGAUUUAGAAAGGAAUGAUGGAAACAAAGAGACUUCAGUUGUGGAUGAUAAAGAUACUAUAGUGAACAAUGAAACACCUUCGGAGAACAUGAAACUGGUUGCGUUGCAGCUGACUACAGAUCACAGCACGAGCAUCGAAGAUGAAGUUACAAGAAUAAAAAACGAACACCCUGAUGACAAUCAAUGCAUAGUGAAUGAUAGAGUGAAAGGUCGGCUCAAGGUGACCAGAGCGUUUGGAGCAGGGUUCUUGAAGCAGCCUAAAUUGAACGAUUCCUUACUGGAAAUGUUUAGAAAUGAGUACAUUGGCACGGAUCCAUACAUAUCAUGCACACCAUCUCUUCGUCACUACAGGCUAACAGAGAGUGAUCAGUUUAUGGUUCUGUCAUCUGAUGGUUUGUACCAAUACCUGAGCAAUGAGGAAGUUGUUUCUCUUGCUAUGGAGAAAUUUCCAGAUGGAGAUCCUGCUCAACAUGUUAUACAAGAACUUCUAGUCCGCGCAGCCAAGAAAGCUGGAAUGGGGUUUCAUGAGCUGCUGGAUAUACCGCAAGGAGAUAGAAGAAAGUAUCAUGAUGAUUGCACUGUAUUAGUGAUAGCACUUGGAGGAAGUAGGAUCUGGAAGUCAUCAGGGAAAUACCUUUAAGACCACUUAAACUACAAGUUGAAGCAACAGAGAAAUUCAAAAUGCCUUAAAAGAUCCAAAGAGUGGCAAAACUUUGUUUAGUUUUGGAAGUUUUCUUGUUUUUUUUCUUUUUCAUGUUUGUAGGAAUGUUUUUUUGUCAGACUAGGGGGAGGGGUAUAUUUGUUUCUUUGUUGAGAAUAGGGUAGAGAUUGGAAUAGAGGUGAAAGCAGAAAAAAACAAAAAAAAAUGUAUGUGACUUGGGUGAAGUGAGAGAAGGGGGGAAAGCGGGGUGACCAAACGGGGUAAU